GCGGAGAGCCAUGAGCUGUCUGGAUGUUAUGUACCAAGUCUAUGGUCCUCCGCAGCCUUACUUCGCAGCCGCCUACACGCCUUAUCACCAGAAACUAGCCUAUUACUCCAAAAUGCAGGAAGCCCAGGAAUGCAACGCCAGCCCCAGCAGCAGCGCCAGCGGCAGCUCCUCUUUUUCCAGCCAAACCCCAGCCAGUAUAAAAGAGGAAGAAGGCAGUCCAGAGAAAGAGCGCCCACCAGAGGCAGAGUACAUCAACUCUCGCUGUGUCCUCUUCACCUAUUUCCAAGGGGACAUCAGCUCUGUGGUGGAUGAACAUUUUAGCAGGGCUCUAAGCCAGCCUAGUAGCUACUCGCCAAGCUGUACCAUCAGCAAAACACCAAGAGGCUCUGGGCCCUGGCGAGACGGCUCCUUUCCGAUGAGCCAGCGCAGCUUCCCUGCCUCCUUCUGGAACAGCGCGUAUCAGGCUCCGGUACCCGCGCCCCUGGGCAGCCCUUUGGCCGCUGCGCACUCUGAGCUGCCUUUUGCCGCUGCCGACCCAUAUUCGCCCGCGACAUUGCACAGCCACCUGCACCAGGGCGCCGCCGAGCCCUGGCACCACGCGCACCCGCAUCAUGCACAUCCGCAUCACCCCUACGCGCUGGGCGGCGCCCUGGGCGCCCAGGCCGCCGCCUACCCUCGGCCGGCGGCUGUGCACGAGGUCUACGCGCCACACUUCGAUCCACGCUACGGCCCGCUGUUGAUGCCAGCCGCUUCGGGUCGCCCGGCACGCCUCGCCCCUGCCUCUGCCCCUGCUCCCGCUCCAGGUAGUCCACCUUGCGAGCUCUCCUCCAAGGGUGAAUCGGCCGGCCCCUCCUGGAGUGCCCCCGGGGGUCCCUUCGCAAGUCCCACGGGGGACGUGGCGCAGGGCCUGAGCCUCAGCGUGGAUUCAGCUCGUCGCUAUUCCCUCUGUGGUGCACCCCUUCUGAGCUGAUCUGCUGACCCAGGCUUUCCCUUCCCUUUUCCUUCUCACCAGCCACGGAGGUGCAACAUCUGUGCCUCCCACUUCGUGGAUGAGAACACAAGGGGAAAGCAGAGACUUCAAACUUCUCCAUGUGUUGGGAAAACCAAAAACCACAUCUGCAGAAAUCUCAUCUCAA